UGGUUUCACAUAAUCAUUUCGGCGCGUACCACUCAAGACAUCGCGCUGAAGUACAGUCAACACAUAUCAGUGAAUUUUCAAAUUUGCAUGCAUAAUCAUGAAAAAAAUAUAAAGGACUUUUUACUUAGAAGUUGAGUAGAAGAUUAAGAGUCAAAUUUUGACUAGUCCUUUUCAAAUUAAUUGAACAUUUUCCUUUCGGAAACGUCACGUAACGAAAACUCUUAACAGAUAUUUACUGACCCCCAGGGAUGGUAUUCAAUAUAUCGCAAUAAAACAAUAAUUUUCAGCGGAUGUGGUUGAUUGAGAUCCAAAAUACAGUGUGUUCAAACACAGCCAUAUGCGUGUCCCGGGGUUAAGGAAUGAUGGUUUUAUCUUCAGUCGCCCACUCAAGAAUUUCAAACCGACCACGCUGGACGUAUUUUGGAGUGAAUUUUAACUAUCUAGUACUUAGGGUAUUUCAGUAUGCUACGGUUCAUCUACCAGACAGUCGAGAGCGACUAUUCCAGAGGCAAAAUUGUUAGGGAAAAUCUUGGGAAUAUCUUUUUCUUGCUAAAGUAGUGUUUGUUGUCCAGUUGCCAGUAGCGUGACUCGUCGUGUCAGUGUGCCACAAAUUGUCUUAAACCUUAUCAUUUUAAAUUUGGAGGCGCGCCGAUGCGAUUAUUAAGUCCACUUGAAAUUGACAAGGGUAUCGCGUUUUACGAGACAACAAAAGAGUUGUAGCUCUGAGCUCGCGCAAGUUUUCAAUAAAAACCCGUGGGAAACCACGUUGUCCUCUUGAUUGCUUUUUAAACUUUUCGUAAACUUGUCAAAGCCAGGUACACCUAAAUAUAAAUAUUAUGUUUCCAAGAGACUAAACACAUCGAAAUUGUUUUUAAAAACGUGUAGUUGCAAUUUCACAUGGAUGGAAAUAAUACAAGCGUGACGUCACGGAUGGGAUGUUAUUGUUCUGCGAUUAACCAAUCACAGCGCAUUACACCGCCAGACUUCUACUACUGUUUUGUUUAGCCUCUGGACGUGCUUCAGACCGAUACUAGCGAAGUUCCUAUCAUCUGUAACGAACUUCGACUUGCCAGUUCACAGGACCUUGAAAGCCUUACGGCUAAAGAGUGAGACAGGGGUACUUUGGAAGUUUAAAUUUCAACGUCAGUUUGAUUUGGUUUGGCUAAGGAUGUUUCCCUUCCCUGCUGGGUUCCACUGCUGGGGAUAUCAUAAAAGUUUACGCUAAAAAAGACAUGGCUGCUUUAAAGAAAUUCAGACAAGCGAAAAGAGAAAUAUGUUAUUAAAUCAAGAGAAGAAUGCGACGAAUUUCAGUGCCGAUCUACAGGUAUAGACAUGCUUAAAUAAAUCAUGUCAGCUAUUGAAAGACAUUCAGGAAAUCUGGGUCAAGUGGGAAUAUACAAAAGACGUCACUUAGUCACGCGAGAGCGACGAGUGACGCGAGAACUCACUUAAGGGUCACGCGCGAAGGGGAAACCGCGAGAACGAAUCGGGAAGCGAAGUGAACCGGCGGGAAAAAUAAGCCUGCAUUAAAAUAAACCUGCAUUAAUAAAUAAUAUUCGCCUUAGCGAAGCAAAAGAGCGAUGAAGGAUAGAAACUAUUAAUCAAUUAUGUUUGAUGGGAAGCGAUUAGAUCCGGACUGAGUUGGUAUUUAUCGGUUCAGAAACUACAAUUUGUCGGCUUACCAGGAUCAGGGGAGCAUAAGAACUUAGGAAAGCUCAUUCAGCUAGUAUUUUCUUCUGCAGAGCGAGUUCGCUGCUGAGUUUAAAUGCUAGCGGCGCGAGCAAAGCACGUUUGUCUUUUUACGUGAUACACUGUAAUUUACAUUUGUGUUUUCAGUGUGACAGUGUCAGUGUUUCAAUCGAAUAUCACUGCGGAACUAGUUACGAGGGCAAUACGACAAACUGGGAAAGAAACAAUAUUUAAGUGCACAUAAAAUAUUGGCAUGCAAAUGGUACAAACUCGUAAUUCCCUACCUGAUUGCCAAUAGUUGACCGAGAUUAGCCCUAUUUUCGCUAUUACCCAACUAUACCAACCCUUGCAGCAGGCUAUGAAAACUGACUGAACCGGCAAACGGCAUUGGCAGCGCCUUAAUCGGCCUCCUAAACUUGCGAGGACAAGAGUUAAAACUUGUCCCCCCUAAUAUGUUACAUUAUAUUGCAGCGUAAGAGAAAAACAACUAAAACAACAUAAACGUUGACGUGAACUUCACCCGUGACUGCAGAUUGACUCGGGCUCGAGGAAGACCCGUGCCACUCUUAACUGUUUCGCUGCAGGUUUGCAAACGAACUUAGUGCUCCCGGUGAAAAUUUACGUCAGCUCCGAUUACUGCGACACCGGGAUGGGGCGUAAAAUUCACAGGGAUUACCUGACUUUCUUUACGCCGGCUGGCCUCGCUCGCUGACUCGCAACCUCGCGGCUUCGUCGCUCGCGCGUGACUCGUACGUGAACCUGCCGGCAGGGAAUUAUCGAAUUUGCCGCCUCCGAUCAACAACGGGAAUAGGCCGGCAAACCACAUGGAUAAACGAAAUAAAAAGAUGACAACAACCUUUGCCAACUCAUUCCUCGUUGCACGUUGAACUACGAGUGUUUGCUUUGGCGGCUUUCGAUAUUGUCAGUCUUAAGUUCUUGAAAAGGGUAAACAGUGUGUUAAGAGUUCAGAGGUUCAGAAAAUGGCCAAAGAAGACGAUCUCGAUUACUCGGAUACCAAGAAGAUCUCGUUCAACGUUGAAAACGAGGAGCUGGAGGAGCUCAACCCUCCGCACCCGACCACGGACAUCGAGAGCAAUGGAGUAACAGUUCGUAUUUACGAGGCCGAUAACGACCGUGGUAAAUGGGGAAAUAAAAUCGAAUUCGUCCUCGCUGCGAUAGGAUUCGCCGUGGGUCUGGGAAAUGUUUGGCGUUUCCCGUAUCUUUGCCAGAAAAACGGAGGAGGUGCAUUUUUGAUUCCAUACUUCCUCAGUCUGUUUCUUCUGGGCAUCCCACUCUUUUUUCUUGAACUUGCAAUUGGCCAGAGUCUGCGGCAAGGAUCAGUUGGAGUAUGGAAUGCCAUUCACCCCUACCUUGGAGGUGUCGGCUAUGCCUGUGUUGUCGUGUGCCUGUUGGUGGGAAUGUACUACAACAUGAUCAUUGCUUGGUGCUUUUACUACUUGUUUGCGUCAUUCCAAGACCCUCUUCCCUAUUCUAACUGCCCCCGAUUGGAUAAUGGUACCUUACUCGAGGAGUGUCACGAAGCUGGUAGGACACAGUACUACUGGUAUCGCAAAGCUCUUGAUGUGACUCCAACCAUUGAUGAGAGUGGCGGACUUGUUUGGCAUCUUGUCCUGGUGCUGUUGGUUGCUUGGAUUGUCGUGUUCUUGUGCAUGAUGAGGGGCGUUCAGUCAGCUGGAAAGGCAGUUUAUUUUACUGCAACAUUUCCGUAUAUUGUUCUGACCAUCUUCUUUGGCCGUGGUGUUAGUCUUGAAGGGGCUGGAGCUGGAAUUGCACACAUGUUUAAACCUCAGUUUGACAAGCUCAUCAAUCCACAGGUGUGGCUGGAGGCUGCCACUCAGAUUUUCUUUUCCCUGAGCGUGGCCUUUGGAGGGCUUAUUGCUAUGUCCAGUUAUAACCCUGUGCACAAUAACUGCCACAGGGAUGCCAUCAUGGUCUCACUGAUCAACUGUGGAACAUCAGUGUUCGCCAGUAUUGUUAUUUUCAGUAUCCUUGGCUUUAAGGCCACCCAAUCAUUGCAUGAGUGUCAGGCGUUUUAUGGAGCCAUGAACGGCACAGACAUUAAUGGAACAGUCACUGACUUGGUUGCUAAAAACUGCCAUGACUUGACAUACUGGCUAUCAGAGUCUGCUCAAGGUCCUGGCCUGACGUUCAUUGCCUUUACUGAAGCCAUAGUGAAGAUGCCUGCAUCACCUCUCUGGUCUGUGCUGUUCUUCUGUAUGUUGUUGACUCUUGGUCUUGGCAGUAUGUUUGGAACUCUGGAGGGUGUUAUUACACCCUUUUAUGACUUGAAGAUCUUUCCUUGGAGAAAAGAAGUCAUGACUGCUUGCAUCUGUGGAUUCUGUUACCUUAUCGGUUUCUUGUUCUGUCAACAUUCUGGACAGUACUGGCUGCAGAUGUUUGACAACUACUGUGCCACUCUGCCACUGUUGUUCAUUGGCUUCUUUGAACUCAUUGGCGUCAGUUACAUCUACACAACUGAGAGAUUUGAAGAUGACAUUCAGUAUAUGCUUGGCUUCCGGCCACAUAUGUACUGGAGGAUUUGUUGGCGCUACGUCUCACCAGCACUUAUUGUGAUUAUCACCAUUGCCAGUAUUAUUAAUCUGGCCAUCAACCCCAUGACCUACUCUGCGUGGGAUAAGGAACAUUCCAAGACAGUGAACCUGAGUUAUCCUGGAUGGGGAUAUGCAGUCAUUGCUAUGCUCAUUUGUCUGUCAGUGCUCUUCAUUCCUAUUUUUGCUUUGCUUCGUUAUUUUGGCAUUCUCAAGUACAAGAAACCCACGUCUAAAUCAGGAGGUGGCGAGGUUGUUGCCCCAGGAUCGGUUACCCCAUCAUUGUCGCGUGUACCUCUGCCACCCAUGGAAGAACCACUAGCUGGAACUCGUGAGGAUGAGGAUUAGUGAUAAGGUCAAAGCUUAAACUGUAUAUAUACUACAUGACUCUGGAGUCCUGGGGUAAUUUGCUUCUUUUUAUCUGUAUAGAGUAAACUUAGAUGUGUUAGGAAUUUCUUGAAAGCACAAUUUUGACCAGGCUACUCAAUUUUUUGAAUAUGAAGGGCCAGAGGUCAUUAAAGUGAUGCCAGAAAAGAAGGGGUUUCUAGAAUGACAGUAUAAAGAAUAUACAUAUUAAAAUACUUGUCAGAAGCACAGUGUCUUUCAAGGGUGUCAGAUAGUUUGUUGUUUCAAACUGUGAAACAAGAGGCAUUUUAGGAACUCUAAUUUGUUUAAAAGAAAAAAAAUACAGUGUAAGUCUUUCAUUAUCAAAGUGCCUCUCUCCCAGUAAUUUGGACUGCUUUCUUCUUUCAGUUGCUCAUCAUGUUUUUGUUCUUCUUCUUUUUUUUUUGGCCAUGUAAACUGCAGUAGCUUGAGAAACAUUCCUAGCUUUUUUUUCUGCAACUGAAUGAAGAGCAAGUUUUAAGAGUCAAACUGUAGCUCUGUUGUUCUCGUCUCUUUGGUUGGCCCCCAGGGAAAAGAACUGAAUAACCCCUAGACUCCAGGGUAUAUUAACAUACAUGUAACAAAGCACCUGCAUUCAAAAAGCAAAGAUCCCCCACCAGGGAUGUUGCUAAAGGCUGGUUGCUAGCAUAUAUCAUUGACUGAAAAAGGACCUAAAUGCAGAUGAAAUUUCACAGAAAACAAAGACUUGGUUAAACUGUAGAGCUGCGAGAACCAGAAAAGCCAUCUGGGCUUGUUAAUGAGCUGGCUUAAUGUUUUCUUAGCUUCAUCCCUGCCCCAUUAUAAUGGUCAAAUUCUAGUCUUUUCUCCUUCUCUCUGCCUUUCCUGUCAUUUCCCAAACUGGAACAUUACAUUUCUCCCACAUUGGCCAUUUCUCAGUGCAGCUGGUUUAAAUACUUAAAAAUAUAAUUAUUAUUUUGGUGAAUUUGCAAUUUUUAAAUUCUAUUGUUCCUUAGAGUGCAGUGUGGUGUGUGGGUCACCAGUGUGAUUUACUUGUUUGGUAAAUGUUUCUCUGCAAGCCUGUGUUGCUUCUCUAUCAUCUUAUGCUGUAUAAGCAAGGAUAAAAUAGACAGGCGAUGGAGCCAAGAACCUUAUCAGCUUUAGAACAAGGUUCACUAGGGUAGCUUUCCAUGUUUUAUGUAUACAUACAUGCUGUAACAACAACAACAAAAUGCCUGUUACAGCUUGAGUACUAAAAGGUAAACCUGGUUUGGUGAAUGUUUACAGUAUGUGUUUCUUGUUAGAAGUGGUUUGUUAGGGUGAUGGAUGGGGUUAAUUGUCUGGGGAGGGGAUAUCAUUGUUCUAAAACCCAAAGACUUUCUUGCCAUAUAGACUUGAGGUUGUGGAAAAACUAUAACUACAACAAAGUUAAGCUGUUUUGUUGUCUGAUAGAUUACUAAUCAGUGGUACGGUCAUUGGUAGAAGUGUGCCUAUAUCAUUUUUUAUUUUUCUCUUCCUCUUUCCUUCACUGUUUUGUUUUGUUUUGUUUUGUUUUUCUUCAUGAUCAGUCAGUUUUCAUAAGAAAUUGUUGUUGAAACAGUAAGAUAAAGGUCAGAGCCUACCACUCCCAGUAAUACUUUAGAAGUAGCACAUUUACUUGUUUUAGUCAGACAUAGCAGUCAUGGUUUAGCCUCUCAGGUGUAGCACCCCUCAACUGCAGGACAGUUGUUAAAUUUGCUAAUGAAUUGAUGAAUGUUAUGAAGUUUCUUCUUAUUUCAAGUUUUUAAAAUCAUUAGUUUAAAAGUAGUCCUGGUGACUUUCCAUGUCAUUAAUUCAUGCACCUGAUGUAGUUUACCAGGAUUGAAAGUUGCAGUAAGCAGAGGGCUCUGACUUAAUUUGCAGUCGAAUUCCAGUAAAUCAAGUUCAUAAUAAUUUUAGUUACCAGCUCUUUUAAACUUUCAAACAACAGUGGAUGAUUGAACUGGGUAUCUUAAAAAAAAUCCUGGCAGGCAGCCAAUCAGAGUGAAGAUAUUGUCUUGAUGUAAUAUCAAAUUCUCAGAAUUGAAGUCGAAAGAGAGAUAGGUCAGUCUGUAGGGAGAAUUAGGUUUUUGUUCUCAGUUACAUCUGCAUGUGCUUAAUAAAAUGAUAAUUGCUGCCUUGUAAAUGAAAGCUUUGUAAUGGAAAAAAUUGGUAGUUCACACUUAUUGACCCUGGAAGGAUUUGAACAGCAUUCUUAUAUAUGAUUGACACACUUGAAGCUACAAUAAUUUAUGUUGAAUGUGUUGUGUACAAAACUGGAAAAGACAAUGGUAGAUUUCUGCAAACAUGACCAACAUGCAUAUGUUACCCUGAAAUAAUUAUCUUGAAGAUUGCUUUGUAAUUGGUUGGAAAGAUAUGCCAUCUUAAAAAUAAUAAUCAAGCACUAAAAACGUAAUACAAAGAUUGUAUUUUUAAAGUAAAAUAUUUUAAUAUAUCCAAAUAGUUAACAUAAUGGCUUUCAGCAUAAUAAUAUAUUAUUUGGAAUUAUACUUGUUAUAAAUGCUUCAGUGUUUGGUUAGUUUGUGCUUGAUAUUUUAUACUUCAACAAAAAUCUAUUCUUGUAACAAAACCUUGAAGCCAUUGCCUGCUCACUGCUAUGACAAAUCAAUGGCUUAAAAAAUUAUAUUGUAUCUUCAUGACUUAUCUUUGAGAUUGUAUAUGUUUCAAAUAAAUCAUUCAACAAUUUGUCGGGGUCAGUAUCAAAAGUCUAGUUCUCCUUACUGUCUUGAGAAAUUUGCUAUAAUUUGCUUUGGGAGAAUUUGGUCAAGUUUAGAUAUUCCUGUUUUGAUCAAGUUCUUGGUUCUCAUUGCUUGCCUGCCUGAGCUUGUCUAGAAACAGGUAUAGAGAAGUUAGCAGUUAGUUGCUGUUGAGGAUUUAAGGAUUAAUUAUGUUUCUGUGAAAUAUGACAAAAUCAUCUUUACCAAAAUAUUUUCUUGCACAUAAUGUUAAUCAAGACUGCAUCUUUUCAUUUUACCUAACUUCUGUUUUAUCACAUUUGGCACAAAUGUUAGAGAAACAGUUCAUGUGGUAACAUUGUGAAAUGUUUCAGCAAAGCCUUUGUGUGUGAUGAUGUUAUAACUGCUAGCUUUCUUUCUUGUACUACAUUGCUUGUUAUGGGGAUAUAGUCAUUAAUCUUGAUACACGUAAGUCCCAAGUGUGUGUCAAUUCCUUUAAUGUACUUUGUUGUAUACUUUAGAGGGUGAUUUAUGUGUAUUGAAAUAACAAUGUGUUAUAUAGUAUCGGUCAAAAACCCUUUCACUAACACAUGUGCAAGGCUCAAAGUAAAAAAAAAAAAUGGUGCCAAAUUUUGUGUCAAAUUUCCAACACCAUUAGUUGUAUUAUUUUCUUGAAAGCAUGCAUUUGAAUGAUCACUUACAUGCACACUAGACUUUUAUCCACUGACAUGUAAAACCCCUCAACGAGUCUUUGUAAAUUUGUCCUCUUAAAAGUGAAAGUGUCAAGUGACUGAGUCAACUGUUUGUUUGAUAAUGACUGCCAUUUGAAAGAAAGUUCAAAUCGAGGAAUUUGGCAACAAUUUACUAACUCCAAACAUUUCCUAAAUCUUGCUCAUUCUUCCUGUGAGAUAUAUAUUCAAGAAGGGUGGCUGUAAAAUAUCACUACUGAUGUUAUGCGGUGGCACAUCUAGAGGUCAAAGUCCCCAAACUGUCUCUUUCUUAGUUGAGAGAGGGCUCUGAUAAUAGUGGGGCCCUCUUUGUGAUUUAACGCGUAGGGGGAAGGGGCCUUUUUGGCCCAGAUUUGCUUACAAUUUUCAGUGCAAAUAGUCUCUUGGACUCUUCCUUUAGAUUUGGCAUCGCAAUGUUAUAAUGAUAUGUUGAUGAUGAUGAUGUAUGUUUUGAUCAUUGUCGUAGAUGAUAGCUAUUCAAUUACUAAGUGGCAGUUUACAUACAACGAAAAUACACCAUUUAAAUUUUAUUUUGUUGAUUUGAUGGGCAUAUAUUAUCUACCUAUCAUUUGAAUCAUUUUAGUCACAGCUUAGGAUUGUAGUAUAGUGGCAGCUAACCAACUUAAAACUUUCUUAUACCACGUUAAAUUGUACACUGCCUGGGAAUUCCUUCAAGUUAGAGGUCAUCUAGUUGUUUUGUUUGUUAGUUUGUUUUUCAUUUGUUUGUUUUGUCUUGUUUUUGGUUUUUUUUUUGGAGGGAGCGGGGUGUCUUAAAGACGUAAAAUUUUAGGGUGUUCUUGUCCAGUGUCAGAAAAAUGUAUAUAUUUUAAAUGAUUUGAUUGUUCCUAGAUAUAUCUCCGUUUUCAGUACAUAAAAGAAUGGCCUCCCCCAGGCAGUAGACCAUUCAAACUCCCGGAAGAGGACCAUUUAGUGCUAUGUCAAAAGUUUAAGUUGGUGAAUUAGUGUAUUUCUUGACUAUAAUAUCAAGUGCAAAACUAAGAUCGUACUUUCAUACCAUAAUCGUCCUCUUCUCCUGUGGGCCGUCAUGCAAUGAUUCUCGCAAUAACGUUGCGUGACGACCCAAAUAGGGGCCUGUAAUUGAAACUACUGUCAAGAGAAGCAAGUUCAUGUUUUCGGAGUAAAAAUUCGUGUCUAUUUGAACUGAGUUGCGUGACUUGUGGCUGGUAAACCAAUGAUCUGGGUUGAUCUUGUAUGGUAAAAUUCAGAAAGUGGUUAGUAGCCUAAGAAAAUAAUUAACAAUUGAGAAUCAAAUACGCAAAACGGUUCACGCAAUGUCUGAUUAGUGGACAAAGGGACUUGCAGAGUGAUCAAGAUUUGACGAUACGAGCCAAAUGGCUUUGCAUUCUCUGAUGGUUCCCAAAACAGGACUUGUAUCUCGGUCUCGUGAUAUAUUACAAUCGUAUAUAUUCUGGAUUAAUUGAAAUAUUUUAUGACUAUUUUAAUGCUUGACUCUUCAUAUCCUUAGGAGUCAUUGUAAAAUUAAUGAUAUCUUAUUACUUACUCAUUUGCUGUUAGUCCACCAAGGGCUGAUGAGUGUGUGAUGUAAAAUAAAGUUUCGCUUGUUAUCGUCAACUCA